CAUUUCCCCCAAUAUAGACGCAAUUAUUUCUCAGAAAUAUUCAUACAUGGACUGCAAAGAAUUAAAGGAUGUAACCUCUACUACCCCACAUAAUUCUAUCUCUUCCCUUCCUCAGAGUUCCUUGUCUUUCAUCCUUAAAAGUUCCAGCUCUUCCAUCCACCAGAGUUCCAUCUAUUUCACCCCUGAGAGUUCCAGCUCUUCCAUCCACAAGAGUUCUCAGAGCUUCAGCUCUUCCAUCCCCCUGAGUUCAAGCUCUUCUGUCCCCCAGAGUUCUACGUCUUGCAUUCUCCCAAUGUCCACAUCUGUCAUCCCUGAUAGUUUCACUUUGAACUCAAAUAAUACCAUCUCCCAAAGUUCCACCUCAAAUUUAGAUUCUGACUCUUCCUUUCCUGAGAAUUCUAACAGUCACCAAACUUCCAUUAUAACUUCUAAAGCAAAAGACUUUCAAACCAGCUCUGUAGAUAACCGAGAUGUGUUUGUCACCAACAGAGAUGUAUUGGCCAGCAACAAUGACCACAACAGUAUCACUACAGACACCAGCAAACCCAUUUCUGUUUUAUCCAUGCCAGAUGUAAUAUUGUCUAGAACUGUGUCUUCCUGCAGUAACACAGAGUACAGUGUGGAUGCUGACACUAAUACCAAGCCUGUUUCAUCUUUCUCCAAUACUGAUGUAUCAGUAUUAAGCUCAGUUUACAAUGUUCACUGCAAUUUGCAUGUAUCUCAGAGUUGUCCAGAAAUCACAGCACAUUCCACUUUUGCUUCAAGUUUACUGGAAAAAACUCACUCUGAUAUUUAUAGUGAGACUAUUUCAAUGGAAACUUAUGAAACUGACAAUUAUACCACAAAUGCCACUGACUCAGAGAAACCUAGCCCUGUUGUUGUAGGACCUGUUCGCCAUAAUGCUGAACCUGUCCUUCUUGAAGAUGGGUUAAAUAUGUAUUUACCUCAGUCAGUUGUGCCAAGAGUGCACACCAUCAUUAACUCCACUAAAACUGCCACUUAUGACCUUUCAAGUGUCUCAGACCCUGACAUCCCUGACCCAGAGCAUUCUUGGAGAGGUCUGUCUAACAAUAUGUCUUCUUCAGAUGUGGUAACUCUGAGUGAAAUGUCAGCACAAGAUCAUAUAACUCAGGAAAGAAUCCAAGAUAUAUCAACUAGCUCUCAUGAAAUUGUCCAUACUUUCUCAGAUUUCCCAGACAAUGGUAUCUCCAACAAUGGUUCCUCUGAAGCCUUAUCUAACAUAAUAAUUCUUCCCUCCUCUCACUCAAAAAUUUCCCAGCAACUGUUCAGCUCUCUAGCCCCAGAGGUAGAAACAAAUGAAGUUUGUGUGGAAGACCAGCCAUAUGUUACAGAAGUCCAUUUUGUAAAUGUUAAGGAGGCACAUUUAUUAGAACGAUCAAAAAGCCAUAAAUUGAUUGGCCAGAAUGAAACAGCAGCAGAACGUUUGACCAAAUUAAAUGACCUGCAAAUGUUUGUCAAAGAAAAAUAUGGACCAGAAAAAGAUGGACUAAAUUACAUUUACAACAAGUAUGAAACAACAGCAGAAUGUAUGACCUCAGUAAAUGACUUGCAAAUGUUUGUGAUGGAGAAAUAUGGGCCAGAAGAGGAGGAAAGCAAUGGACUACAUGUGUUUUCUAAUAAAAAUGAUGAAAUUACACUGAAUCAGGAAAAGGACAUUAAAUCAGAGCAGAGCCUGACAAGAGAACAGAGCAUUGAUGAUUUGGAGCUUAGAUGUAUCAUGGAUGAGAAAUCAAGAGUAUGGAUGUCUCAUGCAGCACAAGAGGAAAUGUUACUACAUAAAGUUGUAGAAAAAUAUGAGGGGACUGAAGAAAAGACUGAGGCAUUGCAAAUGGUUCAAAGCAUGACAGAAGCAUCCAAAACACAAGGCGUAAUAGAACUGGAAGCAGAAGUAUGUGGCGACACUGAAGUGUUGACAGAUCAAGCAGAACAGCAGAUUCCCUGUCUCGAUGCACUGAAACCAGUCCUACCAGUCAAUCAAGAAUGUAGCCUUGAAGAAUGCACUCUGGCCCCUACCUUCUCUGAGAUAGUAAAGGUAUCACUUGCCGAUUCAAGCAUGGCAACAAACAGGCACCUAGAGAUUUGGCUCCACCCCUUAGCCCCGCAUCAUUCAAGUGGAAAGAUAACACUACUAGAGGACACAAAAAAGAGCAAAUAUCAAACAAGCACUGAUAAGCACCACUCUGAGAGGGAGGAACACAGACAAAGCGAAGAGACUGAGGAUACAGCCACAUUUAUUACAAGCACUCAUAGCACUGAAAGUCAAGAACCAAACAGUGCAGAGACAGAGAGCACUUUUUGGCAAUCCACUUGGGAUACAGAGAAGAUUUCCACUAUAUACACAGAAGAGACCUUCAGACACAACAAAGAUACAAGCAACAAACAGGGGGAGGUCACAGUUUCAAAGGUAAAGACAGAUAACAUCGGCAUCUUCACUCACAGAAACGUGGUACAAAUCAGUGAAACCACAUCAGAAGAGAGAAGAGAAGAGAAAGAUCUCCGUACAACUGACAUUAACACUUUACCUGACCACCAGCUUGCAACACAUUUAAUACCAAGUGACAGAUUCUUUCAUGUAUCAACUGUUCUCAGUACAGUGAUUGAGGAGUCAGACACAGAGGAUCAAACUGAAACUGAGCCUGAAUCAGACAUAGCCAUGAACUCUGGCAUUGCGGUUUUAAACACAACCCUCAAUCGACCGUCGUCUACUCAUGAGAGUAGAGAGGAUGUCAUGGUGGUUCGCAAAGUGUCCUUGGUGAGCACUGACAAUAAAGGAAGCUUAGGGAAUCAUGAUGGUCUGUUGGACAGCAUUGGGUUAAGAGAUCAGUCAGAGCAAAGCAAAGCCAGUCCUGAGCUUUGGAGAAGGUGGGAGAGUCUCCAUUCUAGCUCAGAAGAAAAGCAAUCCAACAUCAUGAAGAGUUCAGACUAUAAACUCACGGACAGAACAUACUUGCAUUCCUCUCAAAUGUCCCCAAGCUACGAAAAAACUGUUUACACUUCUCAUUUUCGCUCUCCCAAGACGCUUGAAACCGAGCCCACUGCUUUCUUAGAGACCGCUGGUAGCCUUGGCAACAGUAGCUGGAAAGACAUAGAGAGCGAAGUUCAACUGUGCAGUGAGAGUUACAGUAGUGUGAAGAGCGGGGCGGAGCUUAGUACACCUGUCAGAGCGAGAAAGGGAGAGGGAGAGCAGAUUAGAAAAGAAGGCUUUGACUCACAGGCAAGUUUAGAUUCUAGCUUGAUCAUUACAGAGACAGAUGAGUCUUUCUCUGGGAUAUUCAAAGCAACACGCAUAGAGCUGCCUCCCUCUCCCACUACCCCCGACACCCCCUCUAACUACUCCCUUUCUGAAAUCGAUAGCCUGGUUGACACUCUCAAGAAUAUGGAUCGACCGAUCCGGCAAAGGGUUCAACGCACUCCAUCCAAUACGCCCUUCUCUUCACUGCCACCUAUCGAAGAGGAUGCACCAAUCUCAUCCCCAACUCCUGUGUCACCAGUUACUGAGCCAAAGAAGAUCUUGAAUGGAGUAUCCAGUUUGCCUCCAGACAUUGGUCUCAACUGGAGUUCCCCCAAGGACAUGCGCUCUCCUUUGACCAUGAUGAAAGAGCAGCAGUCUGGAGAAAGUCCGAGUCGUGGCCUUACCCUGCCCCUGCGAGCUUCAGCCCUGAGUAGCAUCGUCAUGCACAGGAGCUCCCUCACUGACCUGAGCCCUGAAGAGGGAUCCACAACAGGGCUUGUCAAUGGAGGUGGUCUGCUCAGCCCAUCUCGCCUGGAAAACAGCUUCUUUUUCCAGCCAACCGAGAACAGCAAGAACUCAAAUCGCUCAAUUUUUCGUGCGGCCUCUCUCCCUGAUAUUGGCAACAGCCACACGCAUAUCAGCUCGGCCCCCAAAGGAACAGAAUCUGUUCUUGGGUCUCGUUUUGAGCGCUUCUCAUACCUCACCUCUCCAGCGAAUUCCCUCAGUGGGACUGUUGAAACAUCUCGAAUGAGUGCGCCUCCCUCAAUCCAACCAAACUCUGCAAUAGAGACCUCCAACUUUAGCCACAAGUCCUCUCUGGAAGUUUAUCGCUCUCUGCCCUCUGAAUCUUUCAUCAAGAACUCUCAAUCUGUAGGUCUUCAGCGAAGCAGUAGUGUUGAUGGAGGUUUCCUAUUCAAUGACACCAAAGCCUUCCAAGUUAAUCAAAAGCAGGAGCCGGAGCAUAACUUGGCUCUCAAAUACAGAGCCUUCCCUGAUGCAUAUCUCACAAAAGAAAAGGAGCAUGGCAAGCUCAAUCCUAGACCUGGAAAGAUGUUAAUAUUUGACCAGCCUGGACUGACUGGCCAGAGAAUUGAAGUGCGUGGUGAUGUUGUGGACGCUACACUGUGGGAGUUUACGGACGUCAUUUCAAUCAGAGUGAUUAGAGGAGGUUGGGUGUUGUAUGAGAAGCCAGACUUCAAAGGGGAAAGGGUAGCUCUGGAUGAGGGGGACAUAGAUCUGUCAAACCCAUUCCAACUGCCAGAAGAAGAUGAAGAAGUUCAUGAGCAGAACGGAACAGCACAGGAGAAUGGAGAAGAGGACCAAGAGUCCAAGCCACAGCCAAAGAGGACAUUUGUCAUUGGAUCCAUACGGCGAGCAGUGAGGGAUUAUAGUGUUCCGGAGAUCAGUCUUUUCCCAGAGGAGAAUGCAGAGGGCAAGAAGAUCACUUUCAGGGACACUUCAGAUGAUGCCAGAAUCUUCGGCUUUCCAAUCAAAGCAAACUCCAUCAUCAUCAAUGCUGGACUCUGGUUGGUGUUUGCAGAACCCUUCUUUCAGGGUAUUCCACGAGUGCUUGAAGUUGGGGGAUUUCCCAACCCUGCUGCUUGGGGUGUCACACAUCCAUUUGUGAGCUCCCUGCACCCACUCAAAAUAGGAGAGCCUAGAGUGGAAAACCUCUAUGAGCCAAAGAUUGUGAUCUAUGAAAAGCCUUAUUUCACUGGGAAAAGCAGAGAAAUCUACACCAGCAUGAGAGAUUUUAUGACAAGAAUAGAAAGAGAACAAUCAUUGUUUUUGUACAGUGCUGGAUCCAUUAAAGUUACUGGAGGAUGCUGGGUGGGUUAUGAGAAAGAGGGUUUCCGAGGUCACCACUAUCUUUUGGAAGAGGGAGAGUACCAUGACUGGCGUGUGUGGGGAGGGGUUAACUCAGAGCUGCGCUCAGUCCGAAUUAUCCAAGCCGACCUGUCUGAGCCUGUGCUGGUUUUAUUUGGUAUGCCUGAAGAGGCGCAAGAGGGGGAGGAGGAGCCCACUUUUGAGGUGAUGGAGGCGGUCGCAGAUGUGGAGCUGUUCGGGUUCGGAAUCAACACCCGCUCCAUCCAUGUGCUUAGUGGAGCAUGGGUCGCCUAUUCUCAUGUGGAUUUCUCAGGUAACCAAUACGUCUUGGAGAAAGGCUUCUACAACAACUGCGGAGACUGGGGUUCUGGAGACAACCGCAUCGGCUCCCUACAGCCCAUUCUACCUGCACCUACUGAAGGGCCCAUCUUCAGAAAUGAGGUGCUGCUCUAUUCAAAACCAAAUUUCCAGGGCACAUGUAGGGUGUGCCAUCAGAAUCAGGGCUGUUUGCCUGAAAAUCUUCUAGUCAAAUCCUGCAGGGUGGUUGGAGGAAGUUGGGUGUUGUUUGAAGAAGAACAGUUCACAGGACACCAGUAUGUUUUAUCACAAGGGGAUUAUCCCAACCUGAGCAGCAUGGGCUGCCCACCUGACUGCAAUAUUCGCUCUGUCAAAGCAGUUCCAAUGACCUUCGCAGUACCAUCAAUUUCUCUCUUUGGACUGGAGUGCUUUGAAGGUCGGGAGGUCACUUUUGAUAUGCAGGUUACCAACAUGCAGGAAGAAGGCUUUAAUACACAGUACCUCUCUGUCAGGGUCAACAGUGGAUGCUGGGUGUUAUGUGAACAUAGUAACUACAGGGGGCGCCAGUUCCUUUUGGAGCCUAUUGAAAUCACAAACUGGCACAAAUUCAGCUCACUAUCCAAUAUCGGCUCUUUUUAUCCAGUCAGACAAAAACAAAGACAGUUCCGUAUCAGAAAUAAGGACACUGGACACUACAUAUCAGUGCAGGGUGGGGUUGAGGACAUGAAGACAGGCCGUGUGGUCGUAUCAGAGAAGGUGGAGGGAAUGAGCGACGUUUGGCUUUACCAGGAUGGGCUCAUCAAGAACAAGCUGGCUCGAUCCAUGAGUCUACAGGUGAUGGGUAAUGUUGAGUCAGGUGCAAAGGUGGUGCUGUGGACUGAAACGCGUGUGCCAGUACAGACGUGGAGCGCUCAGGUCAGCGGCAUGAUCUCCAGUGUAAAUUUCCCAGGAAUGGUGCUUGAAAUCAAAGGGGGUAAGUCAUAUGACAGACAACAUUUAGUGAUACGAGAGGAAAAUGAGGAGCAGGGGAGCCAGCAAUGGGAUUUGGAAUUUGUCUAACUACACCCCAUUUACUCCAUUCCUCCUACCCUGACAAAUAUAAACACUUGGUCUCACUUGAACAGAGGAACUCAACAUAUUAGUUUUCCUUAUCUGUAAGGGCUAUUUAUAUGUAUUACACUGAUAUCAAAUACCACCUAUAAAUAUGAACAUUUGUUUUCGAUUGUAAAAAGGUGGAACCUCUUAUCUGGGGUGUGUUAUUUGCACAUGGUUAGAAUGUAAGAGAUAAAGAUAAUAUACAGGCCAUUUUUAAAACUGACUUCACUCUACAAAGUAAUGAGUGGUUACCCAGUAUAUUGAUGGGAAAAAGUAGCAGAAAAUACAUGAGAGAUUUAUUUUCCUGUUCGUUUACUUAUACCUCACUGACAUCUAUUUGUUGAAUAUACUGCAUUUGUAUUAGUGCCCGCACUGCUGUCUCGGUUAUCACAAAGAUAAUAUGAUAUAUAAUACAAUAUGACAUAAUAUGUGAAGCUAGUGACUUUUAAAGCUCAGAUAUGGACUUGCAUUCAUUUUAUUGGUUUACAUUGGUUUAGUUUUCCCCUAUCAUUUAUUUUACAUAUUAGGUAUGUGUACUUUAGUAGUAGUUUAUAGUCAUUGCUACAGGUAUUGGUUUUAAUGCUGAUGGGUUUCCAAGAAAGGUUCAGUCUAUCAUUUUGUUUUUUAAUACCAAAAAAGUGUGAUGUCAGAGUCAAUAAAAAAUUGCCAUGAAACUUUAUUCUGUAACUUUUAUAUUUCAAGGUACAAUGUGAAAUGUAUGUAAAAGGGAAUGGCUUUAGUUUUGUAAUAAAACAAAGUACAUAAUAUAUUAAAACAAUGCAGUUUGUUUUCAUUUGUAAAAUAAUAAAGGAAAAGUCUGA